AUGGGCUCUUAUGAGGUUCAAAAAUCUCUUUCGCAUCGUAUAAAACAAGAUGAAAAUAUUGAUCUAAUUGCUCAAAAACAAUAUAAGUGUCAUUUAGAUCUUUCAGAACAUAAUGAAAAUUUUCAAACAUCUGGUAAUACAUCUAAAAUAGGAACUAAAAGAACGGUGCUUUCUGAUGUUAGUAACAAUCAUAUUAAACCUUCUUUUAUUCAAUCAAAAUUAUGCAAUCAUAGAUUAGGGAAUUUUGAAGCAGCUGGUUUUUCAGAAGCCUUGCGUCAUUUACAUGUAAAAGAAAACUCUUUAGAACAUGAUAAUAUAAAUAAAAAAGAUUUAGCUAAUCAUUGUUUAUAUCAUCGGUUUCGAAAUGAAUUAAAUGAUGAUUCUGAAGAUAAGAAGAUAUCGUAUAAUUUUGUUUCUUCAGAUAUUUUAAAAGAUGAAAGUAUUCGACAUAGGACAGACGAUGUUUGUAAUCAUCUUUUAAAAUAUACUAAAUUUGAUAUUAUGGAACUGAAAAGGAUUAGAAAAGAAUUUAUUGAAAAAGUAGAUGAAUGGGAUAUUACUAUGGCACAUGAAUAUUCAGAUGAAAUAUUUGCUUAUAUGCGUGAACUUGAAAUUAAGUACAAACCAAGUCCAACAUAUAUUGAUCAUCAGCCUGAUAUGCAAUGGUCAAUGCGUUCUGUAUUAAUUGAUUGGCUUAUUCAAGUACAUUCACGAUUUCACCUUCUUCCUGAAACACUUUACCUUACAAUUAAUUUAAUUGAUCGUUUUCUUUCUGUAAAAGUUAUAUCUCUUCCUAAAUUGCAACUCGUUGGUGCUACUGCACUUUUUUUGGCUAGUAAAUAUGAAGAAAUUAUAUGUCCAUCAGUUCAUGAAAUAGUAUAUAUGGUAGAUCAUGGGUAUUCUUCAGAAGAAAUUUUGAAAGCUGAAAGAUAUAUGAUUAACAUGCUCAAUUUUGAUCUUGGAUGGCCUGGCCCAAUGAGUUUUUUGCGGCGUGUAUCAAAAGCAGAUGAAUAUGAUUUAGACACACGUACUCUUACAAAAUAUCUUUUAGAAUUAACUGUUAUGGAUUCUCGGUUUAUAGGGAUUUUACCAAGUUUUAUUGUUGCAGCAGCUCAUUAUCUUUCACGUUGUAUGUUAGAAAAAGGAAGUUGGACUGAUGCACAUGUUUAUUACUCAUCUUAUACUGAACGUCAACUGUUACCUCUUGUCAAUAUUAUAUUGCAAUGUUUGGAAUCUCCAAAGGAGCAUCAUAAUGCAAUUUAUGAAAAAUAUGCUGAUAAAAAGUUCAAAAAGGCUAGUAAAUUUGUAGAGAAUUGGAUGGCUGAGCAUACAUGA